CAGCGCCCCGCAGCGGCCGCGUCCAGAAGCGGCCUUGUCGGCCCUGCGGCGCCAGAGACCUGACGCACGGAGCUCGAGAGAGAACGAGAGAGAAAGGGGCAGACAUGGCGGCUCCGCUCGGCUCCCGCUGAGGACGGCUGAGCGGGCGCAGGGUCUGUGUGGCCGGCCUGCAGCCUCGCUUCCACCUCCCGCUCCCUGCCUCCGCGCGCCGCCUCUGCCUUCUGUCCCGCUCUAGCCUGUCGGGCCCGCGUCCCAGAGAGGCAACGCGAGCCGGCCCGGCAAGGCUCCGCCGGCCCCUGCCCGCCGGCGGGCCGGCCUUCCUCGCCUCUCCCGGGAGCGGCGGGCGCGGCGUGGACCCGGUCCCCCUGGCUGGACCAUGGUGAACACCCGGAAGAGCUCUCUGCGCCUUCUCGGGUCCAAGUCUCCUGGGCCCGGGCCUGGGCCUGGGGCCGGAGCGGAGCCGGGGGCGACCGGCAGCAGCAGCCAUUUCAUCUCCUCUCGGACCCGCUCUUCCAAGACGCGCGCGGCCAGCUGCCCGGCAGCCAAGGCCGGGGGAAGCGGCGGCGCCCUGGACGAGGCCCGGAAGGCUGAAGUUGACGGAAGCUUAAGUGAUAGCCACGUAUCUCCUCCAGCCAAACGCACUUUGAAACAGCCGGAUUCUGUUUGCAAAGACAAAUCAAAAUCACGAAGUACUGGUCAGCGAGAGGAAUGGAACAUACCAUCUGGUCAGACCAGGUUAACUUCUCAGUCUGGUGCUGCAUUACCAAACGGACAUAGUAGCUUGUCACUUCGAAGCCACCCCCUUCGAGGGGAGAAGAAAGCAGAUGGCGACCUUUCAUGUAUAAAUGGUGACAUGGAAGUCAGAAAAAGUUGUCGGUCCAGGAAAAACAGAUUUGAAAGUGUGAAUCAGAGUUUAUUGUUUGAUCAACUAGUAAAUAGUACUGCUGAAGCUGUAUUACAAGAAAUGGAUAAUAUUAAUAUCCGACGAAAUCGUCGAUCAGGUGAAGUGGAGCGGCUUCGAAUGUGGACAGAUACAGAAUUUGAAAAUAUGGAUAUGUAUUCAAGGGUAAAAAGACGAAGAAAAUCACUGAGAAGAAAUAGUUAUGGGAUACAGAAUCAUCAUGAAGUUUCUACUGAGGGUGAGGAAGAAGAAUCUCAAGAGGAGGAUGGAGACAUAGAGGUUGAAGAGGCAGAAGGAGAAGAAAACGAUAGACCAUAUAACUUGAGACAAAGAAAAACAGUGGAUCGAUACCAAGCACCGCCAAUAGUACCAGCUCAUCAAAAAAAGAGGGAAAAUACACUAUUUGAUAUUCACAGGUCUCCUGCAAGAAGAAGCCAUAUCAGGAGGAAGAAGCAUGCCAUCCAUAGCAGCGACACAACUUCUUCUGACGAGGAGCGCUUUGAGAGAAGGAAAUCAAAAAGCAUGGCGAGGGCGAGAAACAGAUGUUUGCCUAUGAACUUUAGAGCAGAAGAUUUAGCUAGCGGAAUUCUCCGAGAACGGGUAAAAGUGGGUGCAAGUUUGGCUGAUGUUGAUCCGAUGAACAUUGAUAAAUCAGUGCGGUUUGAUAGCAUAGGUGGAUUGAGCCAUCAUAUACAUGCUUUGAAGGAGAUGGUAGUUUUUCCACUUUUAUAUCCAGAAAUUUUUGAAAAAUUUAAAAUUCAGCCUCCAAGGGGCUGUUUGUUUUAUGGUCCUCCUGGUACAGGGAAAACCUUGGUUGCCAGAGCAUUAGCUAAUGAAUGCAGUCAAGGAGACAAAAAGGUAGCCUUUUUUAUGCGGAAAGGAGCGGACUGCUUGAGCAAGUGGGUAGGGGAGUCGGAAAGGCAGCUUAGACUUCUCUUUGAUCAGGCAUAUUUGAUGAGGCCUUCUAUAAUAUUUUUUGAUGAAAUAGAUGGCUUAGCUCCUGUUCGCUCUAGUAGACAAGAUCAGAUCCACAGCUCUAUAGUGUCGACCCUCCUUGCUCUUAUGGAUGGAUUAGAUAAUAGAGGUGAAAUUGUUGUUAUUGGUGCUACAAACAGACUUGACUCUAUUGAUCCUGCACUCAGGAGACCUGGUCGUUUUGACAGAGAAUUCCUUUUCAACCUGCCUGAUCAAAGGGCCAGAAAGCACAUCCUGCAGAUCCAUACCAGGGACUGGAAUCCAAAACUGUCCGAUGCAUUCUUAGGAGAAUUGGCAGAAAAAUGUGUUGGCUACUGUGGAGCUGACAUCAAGGCCCUGUGUACGGAAGCUGCCCUGAUUGCCCUUCGGAGACGUUACCCUCAGAUUUAUGCCAGCAGUCAUAAGCUGCAGUUGGAUGUUUCCUCAAUCGUGCUCAGUGCCCAAGACUUCUACCAUGCGAUGCAGAACAUUGUGCCCGCUUCUCAACGUGCUGUGAUGUCUUCAGGACAGGCGCUGUCCCCUAUUAUAAGACCAUUGCUAGAAAGAAGUUUUAACAACAUCUUAGCAGUCCUGCAAAAAAUAUUUCCUCAUGCAGAAAUUAGCCAGAGUGACAAGAAAGAAGAUGUAGAAAGUCUGAUUUUAGAUGAUAGUGAAGAUGAGAAUGCUUUAUCAAUUUUUGAGAUGAGUUGUCACUCGGGUUCACCAAAGAAGUCACCACCAGCUGCUGCUGUCCCUAAACCUUAUCUCCACUUUACCAUGUCACCAUAUCAUCAGCCAACCUCCUACAGGCCGCGGUUGUUGCUAUCUGGAGAACGAGGUUCAGGACAAACUUCGCACCUUGCUCCAGCACUUUUGCACACACUAGAAAGAUUCUCUGUGCAUCGGCUCGAUCUCCCAGCACUUUACUCAGUCAGUGCCAAAACACCCGAAGAAUCAUGUGCACAGAUAUUUCGAGAAGCUCGAAGAACAGUACCGAGUAUUGUUUACAUGCCUCAUAUUGGUGACUGGUGGGACGCUGUCAGUGACACUGUGAGAGCAACUUUCCUGACACUGCUGCAGGAUAUACCAUCCUUUUCACCUAUAUUUUUAUUGUCUACCUCUGAAACUAUGUACAGUGAGCUGCCUGAAGAGGUUAAAUGUAUCUUUAGAAUACAGUAUGAAGAGGUAUUAUAUAUUCAAAGGCCUAUUGAAGAAGAUCGAAGAAAAUUUUUCCAAGAACUUAUUCUCCAUCAGGCAUCAAUGGCACCACCACGAAGGAAACAUACUGCUCUCCGUGCUAUGGAAGUGCUUCCACUUGCACUACCGUCCCCUCCUCGUCAGUUAUCAGAAUCAGAAAAAAAUCGGAUGGAAGACCAGGAGGAAAAUACAUUGCGAGAACUGCGGCUGUUCCUCAGGGAUGUUACCAAGAGGCUGGCCACAGAUAAACGCUUUAACAUCUUCAGCAAACCGGUGGAUAUUGAAGAGGUUUCAGAUUAUCUUGAAGUAAUCAAAGAACCAAUGGAUUUAUCGACAGUAAUAACUAAAAUUGAUAAACACAAUUAUCUAACGGCUAAAGAUUUUCUGCAAGAUAUUGACCUCAUCUGUAGCAAUGCUUUAGAAUAUAAUCCCGACAAGGACCCCGGAGAUAAAAUUAUUCGGCACAGAGCUUGUACCCUGAAGGACACUGCACAUGCCAUCAUUGCAGCCGAGCUGGACCCAGAGUUUAAUAAGCUCUGUGAAGAAAUUAAGGAAGCAAGAAUAAAGAGAGGCUUAUCAGUGACAGCAGAACAAAUAACUCCUCAUGGUGCUGGUGCCCGCAAGACAGAGAACAGAGUGGAAGAGGCAUUUCGGCAUAAACAGAGAAACCCAAUGGACACCUGGCACAACUCUGCAAAUAAGUGUGCAUUUCGAGUUCGGAGAAAAUCAAGGCGGCGAUCACAGUGGGGUAAAGGAAUUAUUAAGAAAAGGAAAGUCAAUAAUUUAAAGAAAGAUGAGGAAGACACCAAGUUUACAGACUAUGACCACACAGAGGAUAGGAAGUUGCUGGAGAAUGGAGAAUUUGAGGUAAGCACUGACUGCCACGAGGAAAAUGGAGAAGAGACUGGAGACUUGUCUAUGACCAAUGAUGAAUCUUCAUGUGACAUCAUGGAUAUGGACCAGGGUCAGAGGUUGAAUAGUGGAGCGGGCACCAAAGAGAACUUUGCAUCAACUGAAGAGGAGAGUUCAAAUGAAUCUCUGCUCGUUCACAGUAGCAGUUCCCUCAAUCCGGAGCAGACAUCUAAGAAGGAGCCCUUCCUUAAAGGCACCUGCCUAAAUGGUGAGGCUUCCACUGACAGCUUUGAAGGAAUUCCUGUUCUGGAGUGUCAGAAUGGCAGAGCUCUUGAAGUAGUUCCUCUGCCUGAUGGUGGAGGAAAAUCUAGUUCUGAACAAGAGAUUGCUCUGGAGGAACAGCUAAAAGACAAACCAGAAACUUGGAAUGAAAAUCCUGGAGCUGCUCCUGAGAAACUAGAAGUGUUGGAAUGUAGCAGCAGUGAGAAGCCGGAGCCUGGCCCUGAUGGAGAGGGGAAAGAGACAGAGCUGGAUAAAGAAGGUGCUUCUAAAGUAAAAAAAUAUCGUAAAUUAAUUUUAGAGCAGGCAAAAUCAACAAAUCUCGAACUGGUUCCAGAAGAGCCAUCUGAGCCUGUGCCACCUUUGAUAGUUGAUCAUGAGAGACUGCAGAAAUUGCUUGAUUUGUUGGUAGAUAAGAGCAACAACCUGACAGUCGAUCAGCUUGAGAGAUUAUAUUCCCUCCUUAGUCAGUGCAUCUACCGCCAUCGUAAAGAUUAUGACAAAUCUCAGCUUGUGGAGGAGAUGGAAAGGACAGCUCAUAUGUUUGAGACAUUCCUAUGAACUUCUCCUGAUGAGUGGUUUACCCUCUCCAACCUGCUCCCAAUGAGCGGUCUUCUGAGCCAUUCACUUUCAAAUUGCACCAAUUAUGCGCAGAGCCUUGGUGUAAAGUGCUCGCUCACUCAUUCUUUCUCUGUUGAAUUUGGUGCUAUUGUCUCAGGUACCUGAAACCAACCAGCCUACAAGAACCAAACAAAACUUCAGAAACAUGUUGUAUUUUCCACAAAUAAAAAAUACAACCCCACAGCUUGGAGAUUUUGGUGCUACAGAAACUGCUUUCGCUCUGCCCCUCUUUUCUGCACUCUUGGAGAUUCUCUUAGGAUGCAGACCAGCAAACCGGAGGAAACUGAAUGGGGCAGUUGUAACUGUGCUGAAUUGUUGAAAACCAUGGGCGACCUGCUUGCUUGUUUGUUUGUUUUUCCUCUUUUCUAUCUCUAAUUGUAUCCCACCCUCAUUUACACCCUGGGUAAUGGACUAAAACCUGUUUUAGAGUUGGCUAUAGUGUAUUCUGGUGAACAGCUGAAGAAACUGGGUGAAACUAGGUUAGACUCUUUAGAACUGCCUUUAAUGUGCCUUUUUAUUCAUUUGAGAAGGAUGAAGAUUAAUCGAUGGGCUCAUGUGUAGCAAAUUAAUUAGAAUCUUUUCUUUGGUCACAGCCUUGAAAAUAAGUUUGAUACUCAAUGUCUUUAAGAGACAACAGUAUUCUGUAUUAAAUGCCUGUCGUGUUCUCAAAACAAUCAAGAUACUCAAGUAUACUCAGUAAGCCACAUAAUGUGUAGGCUGGCAGGCUUUCCUGUGGUUUGUUUAGUUAAGAAACACAUACUAAAACAGCAACACAUGAUACACAGUCCACAAAACCCACACACUUUCCCAUAUUGCUGACAAUGAUGACCAGAAAAUAAAUAGAUGGUGGCCAUUUUUCUGUCAGAUGCAAUUUAAUAGUUAUUUAUGUUUGAGUUACCAGAGAAAAAUAGUUUUCAUGUGUAGUCAGUUGCUAUUAUUUUGUUUUAAAGCCAGAACUUGCCAAAUAGACGAAAAAGAGAAUUUGUCUGAAACUUUGUAAAGCCCAUUUUCUGUAGAGUUGCAAGUGAGCUCUGGUGUCCUUGACCAGCAGUGCUAGCGUUAAAGCCUGUCCCGCAAUCACGUCCUCACUGCGCUACAAUUUGGUUGGAGUCAUUUUGGAUCUUGUUGAGUGAUUUCUGUGGAUUGUACUUAUCUGAAAAUAAUUAUGGCUUACUAAUUUUACAAAACUUUCAAAGAAUUUGGAAACACAGUCUAGGCAGUUGCAAAGAGGCAAAGAGAAUGCAGUGACUUUUUUUUAAUGAGAUAAUUUUUAAACAAAAUACAAAAAAAUUUGCAGACAAGUUGGCUUGCUGUAUUCCUUUAUUUAUAGCUGUUAGUUGCAGGUGUGUCUUUCCAAUAUAUGCAACACAUAAUUGGGUUUUAAUUCGAGCACAUGGUCGAGGACUGCUGCAGAGACGCAGGGCUACCUCAGCUCCUUGUCUUUAGUUCUCUUUGCCCCGUCUACAUGCUGAAGCUACGGUACUUGUCUGCUUGUCUCUGGCUGUGCGGCAUGCAGGCGGCUGCCAGCCUCACUGCCGCGGCACUCCCAAGUGCUCCCUUGCAGUCCCCUGCAUGGCCACCACCUUCUGGCUUCAUGCUUUUUCUUUAUAUCUAGUGUGAGGUUUUCAUGACAUUUAGUCAGUCAUGUAACUCAAGAUGCUACCAUGUAGACACACUGUAUUUUUAAGGCGGGCAAGUGUGAUUAACGAUGAACCAUUUUAAAGGAGAGGUGAUUUGAAACCUCUAAUUUGAUUACCGGGAGGAUUUUCAUGCUUUCUUUAGUAUUUAUUACCAUCAUACCAGUGCAAACUAUUUUACUGUCUAAGACAUUAGCAUUUUGUAUUUUGAUGGAAAUUGUUACAGAAUUUAAAGAUUUGAUGAAAUAAGAUGUAGCAGAUUUUUUGUAGCAAGUUUCUGGUAAAAGGGUUUUUGCAAGUCUCAGGUUCUUGCUGCUCUGUCUCUUCUUUAGUAUUUAUUCCAGUUUCUCUACUUCAGAAGCAUUCUGUUGAAGUAACAGCAGCAUUUGUGAAAGGGGGAAAUCUGCACACAUUCUCAGUGGGUUUCUGAAUCCUGCACGGGAAUUAAGGUUUUAGCCAUCAGUGAGUUUUACAAGGGAAAUUCAUUUAUGUACGACAUUUAAAAAUGCUUUCAAAAGAUCACGUCUUAAUUUAUGUUUACCCUUGAUGUAGAUGGAGAAAUCAGAGGUAAACUCAGUAUAGGAACUGCCACUUUGAACAGUUUUGGUCUCAAAGACAAAGCCAGUCUCACGCCAAGGGGGGAGAAAUGAGCUGAAAGGCGCCAACUCUUCAGGCCCCUUCCCCCGAAGAGAAACAAACUACCCCAUGUUCGCUUGUUUCACAGAUAUCUGGUGGUUCUUUAGAUUAAAGCAGCUCGUGAAAUUAUCCAAGUCGACUCAGUUUUGUUUACCUUUCUGUAAAGUUCUUAAUUUUUGCUGUAUAGCAUUGGCAAAAAUAAUGUACAAAUUGACCUCUGUUCUUACUUCCUAUGUGAGCAUUAUAAACGAUAAGCUCCUGUGUAAAACCUUACUCUCAGAUCAAUAAAUGAUGUGCAUCAGCCCAGCCAAGCAAAAGCUCGUGCUCAGCGCGGGGACCCGGGAGCUCCAUGCCGCUGAGGGAACUGCUUUAGGUUUGAAACUGACGGCUGUGGAAUAAAUUGUGUUUUUGAGCUUGAAUCUUACCUGUGAUUUUUUAACAUCCUUUCAUGACUUGAUUUUUCUUGUAUGCCAAUGUAUUUGUAGGUUUACUGGGUUUUAUUUUUAGGGAGUGGGGUGGUAAUUUCCUUUCUUCUCUUGUUUUGAUUAAGUUGGUUCAGCUAUGGUGCUAAUCAAUAGGUAUUUCAGUGUCAGGUUCCGUAGCUGAAUGCCAUUGUUGUUUUAAUUAUUAUUUGUAAUCAUAUUGUAAGCUUGAAUUUGAGCUUGUACCUACAUCUUUUAUACUUUGUACAUUUGGUUGUUUAGACUUUGGGAGUCCUAUUUGGUUUUGGUCUUGUAUGUCUACUUUGUAGAUUAAGUACACUUCAUCAACUAUGGUCUAUAUUGGGUUUGUAGUUUAAUUUAGAAUUGUGUUAAAUUGAUGUUUUGCAUUUGACUUCAUUUUACAUUAGUUUGGAGUAAAUUAUUUAAUUUUUGAAUUCUGGAAUUUGAACAUUUACUGUAAUUUGUAAUAUAACUGCUGUGAAAUACUUGAAUAAAGAUGAUAAGAACAUGUCUUUCUUUA